CUCUACAACUCAAGUGCUGGGACGAGGGAGCAUCCUCAGAGGACCGCCAUUGUUUGAUCGCAUAAUAACCUGCCGACUAACCUACAGCAUGCUGACCUUCGACUUAGCAGCUUUACACACACAGGAUGUAUUGACAGGAGCGCCCGCACCAAAAGACGGGUGGACGAAGCUGACAAAUGCGCUCGUGGUCGUAUUUGACACCUUUCGCUCGCGCGAGGAGCCCUCAGUUAUCAUGAAAAUCUUACAAGCGUCGCAAGUGCUGUAUGACAUACCGCUUCAAGAUUUGAUUCAACGUGGAAAGCCUGUCGUAGACAGGCUACAUCGUCAAGGCAUCGAUGUGUCGAGCGAGGCGGCGCAACUACCCAUCUCUGGCAUGGCCAGCACUCCGUCUCUGGCCCUCAGAUACAACGUGCCCGAGGCAAACAAGGUUCGUCGCAUUCAAAUCAAGUUCACAUCGCCUCAAGACUUCGAUGCUGCUUAUGACCAUGUUCGUGAGCUAGGUCUCUGGUUCACGCCAACACAAAAGGCUCGAUCUGUAUCACCUGUGCGCAGUGGUCCAUCGUGCCCCCCUUCUCAACUCUCAGAGAUCACUGGCCGCUCUGGUACUGCUGUGCCUUCUUCAGCAGCGAACGACGCAAUAACUGGGAUACGCCCUUCGACAGCCUCGUUCUUUAGUUCAACCUCCACGGCUAGUUCUCGAAGACCUGAUUCUGCUGCAGCUGUGUCUCCUUACGAUCCGACUAUCCGUUCACCAUUGUCAGCCCGUCCGGAUACUGCCAAUUCGAUCCUCGUGUGUGAGCUUCCUCCUCGACGCGAGCUGCCCUUUGAGAGACUUGAUACAGCAGACUCGACUGGAAAAAGCAGUACCAGACCGGGCAGUCGACCGCUCAGCGGAGUCAUGGGCCCACCUACCUUGCCUGCAGCAGCACGUGCAGGUACCAAGAGGCCUAAUUCGAGAGCUGGGAGCAGCCACAGCACUGAGCUCCCGCCCCUGCGGAAGCCGACAUAUAUCAGCAAGGCACUCACGUCUCAGCCGGCUAAGCUGGAUGUGGGUCCAGGGUCUGCUCUGAAUGCCAGGGACAUGGUGCGACCUCAAUCCGCGAUCCCCCAGAAUGACUAUACCGCGAUGCAACAUAUGAUGAGCUCAGCUCCAGUCUUGACACCAAAAACUCCGCGGCCGGCAAGCAGCUACAGCACCGCGACUAUGGAAACGCUUGGGAUCUUGCACAACAACAACAACAACAACGACGACAGCCCGUUAGAGACGUCAGCCGCUCUGGGAACCCCUCCUGGAUCGGAUAUGAACAUGCUUGAAUCGAGCCCCACGGAGCACCAGGGCGACAGUGGACAGCACACAGAGGAGCUUGCGACAUACGCCCAGCAGUCGAACGAAUCACGCCUGAACGACCUUAACAACUUCAUCUUCCAGCAUCUACAAGAUGACAACUUUCUCACUUUGGUUGACGAUAUGCAGAUGACAUGGGCUCGGAUUGGGACAGGACUUGAGUGAACACGGGCAUUGUCACGGAGCUGCGUUUCAGAACGCGGCUUAUGAGUUCAGUGUUUGCCACGAAAAGCAACAUAUCUACGACUUUGCGAUUCCAGCAUCGACAAUCUUCGCAUGCCAUUUCGCGUACUCGCAUUAGCGCACAGAAGUCGUAUUUACGUACCCUAUGUCUUGAGAGGCAUGAUGUAUUAAUGGCCAUAUUUGAGUGAUAGCAAU